AUGGCGGGGGGGACAGCGGGGAGGGUCCUGGUGGUCCUGACCUGCGCCGUCACAGAGACCACCCCGAGCAGCCCAGGGACCACCCUGACCUCCUCAGAGACCACCCUGAACAUCACAGAGACCACCCCGAGCACCCCAGACACCUCCACGCCCACCACAGGGACCACCCCGACCUCCUCAGUGUCCACCACCACCUCAGGGACCACCACGACCACUCCAGGGGCUACUCCACCCACCACUGGAACCUUCCCGACCACCUCAGGGACCACCCCAACCUCCUCAGAGAUUACACCAACCACCUCUGCGACAUCCUCGACCACCUCAGGGACCACCACGCCCAUCCCAGAGACCUCCCCGACCACCUCAGUGACCACCCCGACCUCCUCUGGGACCACCACGACCUCAGGGACCACCACGACCAGCACAGAGACCUCCACGACCACCCCAGGGGCCACCCCGACCACCACUGGGACCUUCCCAACCACCUCAGGGACCACCACGACGAUCCCAGAGACCUCCACAACCACAACAGGAACCACCCCAACCUCCUCAGUAUCUACCACGACCUCAGGGACCACCCCGACCUCCUCAGAGAUGACACCAACCACCUCUGUGACAUCCACGACCACCACAGGGACCUCCACAACCUCAGGGAUCUCCACAACCACAUCAGAGACCACCGCAACCUCCUCAGAGACCACCUCAGCCACAUCAGGAGCCACCACGACCACCCCAGAGACCAUCACGACCAUGUCAGAGACCACCCCGACCUCCUCUGGGACCACCCCAAUCACCCCAGAGACCACCACAGCCACCUCAGCAAUCUCCUCCACCACGUCAGUGGCCACCACAACCAUCUCAGAGACCACCACAACCAUUCCAGAGACCUCCACAACCUCAGCAACCUCCACGACCACAUCAGAGACCACCACGACCUUCCCAGGGACCACCACGAGCAUCCCAGACAACUCCACACCCACCCCAGGGACCUCCACAACCCCAGGGACCACCCCAACCACCUCAGGGACCACCUCAGCCACAUCAGGAACCACCAUGACCAGCACAGAGACCUCCACGACCACCCCAGGGGCCACUCCAACCACCACUGGGACCUUCCCAACCACCUCAGAGUCCUCCACGACCACCCCAGGGACCACCCCAACCUCCUCAGGGGCCCCUCCAACCACGUCAGUGACCUCCACGACCUCAGGGACCACCCCGAGCACCCCAGGGACCACCUCAACCACCUCAGGGACCACCCCAGUCACCCCAGAGACCUCCACAACCACUCCAGCGACAACCCCAACCUCCUCAGUAUCUACGACCCCAGGGACCACCCUGACCACCCCAGUGACCUCCUCGACCACCUCAGAGACCACCACGACCAUCCCAGAGACCGUGACAACUGGGACCACCCCAACCUCCUCUGGGACCACCACGAGCAUCCCAGUGGCCACCAUGACCACCUCAGAAACCCCCUCCACCACAUCAGGGACAACCCUGACCACCCCAGUGACCUCCUCGACCACCUCAGAGACCACCACAACCAUCCCAGAGACCUCCACCACCACCCCAGGGGCCACCCCAACCUCCCCAGUGACCUCCACGACCUCAGGGACCACCCCGACCCCCUCAGGGACCAUCACGAGCAUCCCAGACACCUCCACGACCACCCCUGUGACUUCCACGACCUCAGGGACCACCACAAACACCCCAGGGACCACCCCGACCUCCUCAGGGGCCACUCCAACCACCUCAGCGACCAACACAGAGACCUCCACAACCACCCCACAGGCCACUGCGACCAUCACUGGGACCUUCCCAACCACCCCAGGGACCACGACGACCAUUCCAGGGACGUUCACGACCACCUCAGUGACCUCCACAACCACAUCAGAGACCACCACAACCUCCUCAGGGACCACCACGACCGUCCCGACCACCUCAGGGACCAUCACGAGCAUCCCAGACACCUCCACGACCACCCCUGUGACUUCCACGACCUCAGGGACCACCACAAACACCCCAGGGACCACCCCGACCUCCUCAGGGGCCACUCCAACCACCUCAGCGACCAACACAGAGACCUCCACAACCACCCCACAGGCCACUGCGACCAUCACUGGGACCUUCCCAACCACCCCAGGGACCACGACGACCAUUCCAGGGACGUUCACGACCACCUCAGUGACCUCCACAACCACAUCAGAGACCACCACAACCUCCUCAGGGACCACCACGACCGUCCAGGGGACCUCCACGAGCAUCCCAGACACCUCCACAACCACCUCAGGGACCUCCACGACCUCAGGGACCACCACAAACAGCCCAGGGACCACCCCGACCCCCUCAGAGACCAUCGCGACCACAUCAGAGACCACCCCGACCUCCUCUGGGACCACCACGAGCAUCCCAGUGACCUCGCCGACCUCCCCAGUGUCCACCACGACCUCAGGGACCACCCCGACCUCCUCAGUGACCACCCCAAUCACCCCAGAGACCAGCACAGCCACCUCAGCAAUCUCCUCCACCACUGACCACACCAACCUCCUCUGGGACCACCACGACCACCCCAGUGACCACCUCAGCCACAUCAGGAACCACCACAACCACCCCAGAGACCCCCACGACCACCACCGGGACCUUCCCAACCACCUCAGAGUCCUCCACAACCACCUCAGCGCCCACCCCAACCUCCUCAGGGGCCCCUCCAACCACCUCAGCGACCACCACGACCAUCCCAGAGACCUCGACACCCUCAGUGACCUCCACAGCCACAUCAGAGACCACACCGACCUCCUCUGGGACCACCACAACAACCCCAGGGACCUCCACGAGGACCACCCCAACCUCCUCAGGGACCACCUCAGCCACAUCAGGAACCACCACGACCAGCACAGAGACCUCCACGACCACCUCAGGGGCCGCUCCAACCACCACUGGGACCUUCCCAACGACCUCAGGGACCACCCCGACCCCAGCGACCACCACGACCAUCUCAGAGACCUCCACGGCCACCCCAGGGACCACCCCAACCACGUCAGUGACCUCCACGACCUCAGGGACCCCCACGACCGCCACACAGGCCCCUCCAACCACCACUGGGACCUUCCCACCCACCUCAGGGACCACCUCAGCCACAUCAGGAACCACCACGACCAGCACAGAGACCUCCACGACCCCCUCAGGGGCCGCUCCAACCCCCACUGGGACCUUCCCACCCACCUCAGGGACCACCUCAGCCACAUCAGGAACCACCACGACCAGCACAGAGACCUCCACGACCCCCUCAGGGGCCGCUCCAACCCCCACUGGGACCUUCCCAACGACCUCAGGGACCACCACGACCAUUCCAGAGACAUCCACGACCACCUCAGUGACCUCCACAACCACAUCAGAGACCACCCCGACCUCCUCUGGGGUCACCACAACCUCAGAGACCACCACGAGCACCCCAGGGACCUCCACGACCGCCACACAGGCCACUCCAACCACCACUGGGACCUUCCCAACCACCUCAGGGACCACCUCAGCCACAUCAGGAAUGACCACAACCACCUCAGCGACACCAAGGACCACCUCAGGGGCCACCCUGACCACCACAGGACCUCCACGACCUCAGGGACCACCACGACCAUUCCAGAGACAUCCACAACCACCUCAGUGACCUCCACAACCACAUCAGAGACCACCCCGACCUCCUCAGAGACCACCACGACCAUCCUGGGGACCACCACGAGCAUCCCAGACACCUCCACGCCCACCACAGGGACCUCAACAACCUCAGGGACCACCACAACCACCUCAGAGACUGCCACAGCCACCUCAGAAGCCACUCUAACCACCUCAGGGGUCACCCCAACCUCCUCAGUGACCUCCACGACCACAGGGACUUCCACGCCCACCACAGGGACCACCCCGACCUCCUCAGUGUCCACCACAACCUCAGGGACCACCCUGACCACCCCAGGAACCUCCACGACCAACACAGAGACCUCCACGACCACCCCACAGGCCACUCCGACCACCACUGGGACCUUCCCAACCACCUCAGGGACCACCACGAGCACCUCAGGGACCACCCCCAGCACCUCAGACACCUCCACGCCCACCACAGGGACCAACCCGACCUCCUCAGUGUCCACCACCACCUCUGGGACCACCACGAGCAUCCCAGACACCUCCACGACCACCUCAGGGACCUCCACAACCUCAGGGACCACUAUAAACAGCCCAGAGACCACCCCGACCUCCUCAGUGUCCAUCACAACCACAUCAGAGACCACCCCGACCUCCUAUGGGACCACCACGACCUCAGGGGCCACUCCAACCACCUCAGCGACCACCACGACCAUCCCAGAGACCUCGACACCCUCAGCGACGUCCACGACCACAUCAGAGACCACACCAACCUCCUCAGGGACCACCACGAGUUCCCCAGACACCUCCACGCCCACCACAGGGCCCACCCCGACCUCCUCUGGGAUCACCACUACCACCCCAGGGACCACCACAAGCACCCCAGGGACCACCUCAGCCACAUCAGAGACCACCCCGACCUCCUCUGGGAUCACCACUACCACCCCAGGGACCACCACAAGCACCCCAGGGACCACCUCAGCCACAUCAGAGACCACCCCGACCUCCUCUGGGAUCACCACAACGACCCCAGGGACCACCACGCCCACCUCAGGAACGCCCUCCCCCACCUCAGUGACCACCCCAACCUCCUCUGGGACCACCACGAGCAUCCCAGACACCUCCACGACCACCUCAGUGACCUCCACCACAAGCAGCCCAGAGACCACCCCAACCUCCUCAGGGACCACCUCAGCCACAUCAGAGACCACCCCGACCUCCUCUGGGAUCACCACCACCACCCCAGGGACCACCACAAGCACCCCAGGGACCACCUCAGCCACAUCAGGGACCACCACGACCAGCACAGAGACCUCCACCACCACCUCAGUGACCCCCACAACCACAUCAGAGACCCCAUCAACCUCCUCAGGGACCACCACGACCAUCCCAGGGACCACCACGAGCACCCCAGACACCUCCACAACCACCCCAGUGACCACCACAACUGCCUCAGGGACCACCAUGCCCAUCCCAGAGACCACCCUGACCACCUCAGGGACAACCCCGACCACAUCAGGAACGCCCUCCACCACCUCAGUGACCACACCAACCUCCUCUGGGACCACCACAAGCAUCCCAGACACCUCCACGACCACCUCAGGGACCUCCACAACCUCAGGGACCACCACAAACACCCCAGGGACCACCCCAACCUCCUCAGUGUCCAUCACGACCACGUCAGAGACCACCCCGACCUCCUCUGGGAUCACCCCAACCACCCCAGGGACCACCACGACCACCUUAGCCCAACCACCUCAGGGACCAUCACAACCAUGGACCAUCACAACCAUGUCAGAGACCACCACGACCUCCUCUGGGAUCACCACAAUGACCCCAGGGACCACCACGAGCAUCCCAGACACCUCCACGACCACCUCAGGCACCACCCCAACCACAUCAGGAACGCCCACCACCACCUCAGUGACCACACCAACCUCUUCAGGGACCACCUCAGCCACAUCAGGAACCACCACGAGCAACACAGAGACCUCCACCACCACCCCAGGGGCCACUCCAACCACCACUGGGACCUUCCCAACCACCUCAGGGACCACCACGACCUCCGGGACCACCAUGACCACCCCAGGGACCACCCCAACCACCUCAGGGACCAUCACAACCAUGUCAGAGACCACCACGACCUCCUCUGGGAUCACCACAAUGACCCCAGGGACCACCACGACCACCUCAGGAACGCCCUCCACCACCUCAGUGACCACACCAACCUCCUCUGGGACCACCACGAGCAUCCCAGACACCUCCACGACCACCUCAGUGACCUCCACAACCUCAGGGACCACCACGCCCACCACAGGGACUACCCCGACCACCUCAAUGUCCACUGCAACCUCAGGGACCACCAUGACCCACCCAGGAACCGCCACGACCACCACUGGGACCUCCACGAUCACCCCACAGUCCACUCCAACCACCACUGGGACCUCCACGACCUCAGGGACCACCACGAGCAUCCCAGCGACCACCACAAGCACCCCAGACACCUCCACACCCACCUCAGGGACCUCCACAACCUCAGGGACCACCACAAACAGCCCAGGGACCACCCCAACCACCGCAGUGACCAUCACAACCACAUCAGAGACCACCCCGACCUCCUCUGGGAUCACCACGACCUCAGGGACCACCACGAGCACCCCAGAGACCUCCACGACCACCACACAGGCCACUCCAACCACCACUGGGACCUUCCCAACCUCCUCAGUGACCUCCACAACCACAGGGACCUCCACGACCACCUCAGGGACCACCUCCACCAUCCCAGGGACCACCACGACCACCCCAGAGACCACCCCGACCACCCCAGAGUCCACCACGACCACAUCAGCGCCCACACCAACCUCCUCAGGGACCACCACGACCACCUUAGUGACCUCCACACCCACCACAGGGACCACCCUGACGACCACAUGGACCACCCCGACCACCUCAGAGACCCCCAUGACCACCUCAGGGACCUCCAUAACCACCUCAGGGACCUCCACGACCACGACAGGGACCACCCUGACCACCUCAGGGACCACUCCACCUACCACUGGGACCUUCCCAACAACCUCAGGGACCACCACCACCACCCCAGGGACCACUCCGACCACCUCAGAGACCACCACGACCACCUCAGCGACCUCCACGACCACCACAUGGACAUCCACGACCAUCCCAGGGACCACCCCAACCACCUCAUGGACCACCUCAGCCACAUCAGGAAUCACCCCAACCACCUCAGGGACCUCCACGACCACCUUAGGGACCUCCACACCCACCACAGGGACCACCCCGACCACCUCAGAGACCCCCAUGACCACCUCAGGGGCCACCUCAGGGACCACCACCACCACAGGGACCACUCCGACCACCUCAGGGACAUCCACCCCCUCAGUGACCAUCACAGCCCCAUCAGAGACCACCCCAACCUCCUCAGGGACCACCACGACCACCUCAGGGACACCCACGAGCACCUCAGAGACCACUCCACCCACCACUGGGACCUUCCCAACAACCUCAGGGACCACCACCACCAUUUCUUGUGACCAUCACAGCCCCAUCAGAGACCACCCCAACCUCCUCAGGGACCACCACGACCACCUCAGGGACACCCACGAGCACCUCAGAGACCACUCCACCCACCACUGGGACCUUCCCAACAACCUCAGGGACCACCACCACCACCCCAGGGACCACCCCAACCACCUCUUGGACCACCUCAGCCACAUCAGGAAUCACCCCAACCACCUCAGGGACCUCCACGACCACCUUAGGGACCUCCACACCCACCACAGGGACCAUCCUGACGACCACAUGGACCACCCCGACCACCACAGAGACCCCCACGACCACCUCAGGGACCUCCAUAAACACCUCAGGGACCUCCACGACCACGACAGGGACCACCCCAACCAUCACUGGAACCUUCCCAACAACCUCAGGGACCACCCUGACCACCUCAGAGACCCCCACGACCACCUCAGCGACCUCCAUAACCAGCUCAGGGACCUCCGCGACCACCGCAUGGACAUCCACGACUACGACAGAGACCACCCCGACCACCUCAGGAACCACCUCAGCCACAUCAGGAACCACCACGACCAGCACAGAGACCUCCACGACCAUCCCAGGGACCACCUCGGCCACAUCAACGACUACCUCAGGGACCACCCUGACCACCUCAGAGACCUCCACGACCACCUCAGGGACACCCACGACCCCCACAGGGACCACCCCCACCACCUCAGGGGCCACCUCAGGGACCACCACCCCCCCAGGGACCACCCCAACCACCUCUUGGACCACCUCAGCCACAUCAGGAAUCACCCCGACCACCUCAGGGACCUCCACGACCACAUCAGCACCCAUCCCAACCUCCUCAGGAACCACCACGACCACCUCAGGGACCACCCCGACCACCACUGGGACCUUCCCAACCACCUCAGAGACCACCACAAGCACCUCAGGGACCACCCCAACCACCACAAGACCACCACCACCAUCCCAGGGACCUCCACCACCACGUCAGGGACCACCACCACCAUCCCAGGGACCUCCACCACCACGUCAGGGACCACCACAACCACCCCAGGGACCACCACGACCACCCAGGUGACCCUCACCACACCCACGACCACCAAACUGACCACCACGACCACCCAGGUGGUGCCAACCCCCACAACCACCUUGGCCACCUCCAUGACCACCCUGGUGCCCCCCACCACCACUUCCUCUUGGACCACCGCCGCUCCUCCUUCAGGGCUCUGUGAGAACGGGGGGACCCCCGGCGUCACCGGCUGUCUCUGCACCCCGUCCUACGCCGGUCCGCGCUGCGAGUUCUCCACCGACACCGUGGAGACCAACUUGGAGCUGUGCCACCAGCGAGCCCCCCCCGGCUACGGUGACUUCUUCUGGCCGGUGCUGACCUCGGGGGUCCUGCACUGCGUCACCUCCUGCACCCCCAACCGGCCCCAGAGCCUGGACUGCCACCACGGCCGCUGCCAGGUCACCCGCCAGGGACCCCGCUGCUUCUGCCCCGACGAGGAGCUGUACUGGUACACGGGGGCACAGUGCUCGGGCCGGGUCAGCAAGGUGGACACGGGGCUGGGCGUGGCCGUGGCCCUGCUCUUCCUCAUCUGCCUCAUCCUCGUCGUGGUGCUGCUCUGCCGCCGGCACCGGCGCUACCGGAGUGACCUCCCCCCCUAUUUUGGGGGCUCCUGGUACGAGCUGGACGAUUUCACCUGGCCCCCCCCGCGCGGGGCUGUCAUCCCCAACCCGGGGGUCGCCCCCCACCGCCACCCCCAGACCCAAUUUGAGGACCCCGAGACCUGGAGAAGACCCCCGGGACCCCCCUGGGGGGAUCUGGGGGGUCCCAGCGCCUUCAGGCCGUCCUUGGAGCGGGUGGAUCCUUUCCUCCAGCUGAGGACCCCGAGGCCGAGGGUCAUCCCUGACCUGUGACCCCCCCGUGGGACCUCCUGGAGCGCCGCGAGGAGACCCCGACCCAAGCGAGGAGACCCCGACCACAAUGAGGGGACCCCGACCACGAUGAGGGGACAUUGACCCUAAUGAGGAGACCCCAACCCAAAUGAGGGGACAUUGACCCCAACGAGGGGACCCCAACCCCAACGAGGGGACAUUGACCCCAAUGAGGAGACCCCAACCCAAAUGAGGGGACAUUGACCCAGCGAGGAGACCCCCAAACACAACGAGGGGACCCUGACCACAAUGAGGGGACAUCGACCACAAUGAGGGGACAUCGACCUGGACCAGGAGACCCCAACCCCUACCAGGAGACCCCAACAUGGACCAGGAGACCAUAACCCCAACGAGGAGACCCCAACUCCAACGAGGAGACACCGACCCCAACGAGGAGACCCCAACCCCAAUGAGGGGACAUCGACCCCAAUGAGGGGACAUUGACCUGGACCAGGAGACCCCGGCCCCAACCAGGAGACCCCAACA